AUGUUAGAGAGUCCAUCUUUCUGCCGCAAGGCAACAGGAGAACCGAAUCUGACGGUGCUUCGUUUGUUGUUUGAGUAUCUUAACUAUAGCGAUCGACUUGUUAAUCUGACACAAUGGAACGAUAAAGUACGCAAUCGAGUAGCGGCGGCAAUGGAGCUAAAUGCAGAUGGUAUUGAUGGUGAUGAGGAAGACUUCGAACUCAGAAAGCGUAACUGCCGUGAUGAUAUGGCAAUUGCAGGUGCGCACUUUGACAUUCACGAACAAACGGCUCGAAGAAUAUACACUACGUUUUGUAUAGAGAUCUCACACAUAUUUAAAGCAAGACAAACAUUCCCUACGCCACAGCAAGCUGCUGCAUACACACCAAAGCGUACUAAGCAAGCAUUGGAUCUGAACGAUGGAGUGGCUUUAUUUAUCGGAGAUUGCACUGAGAGGAAGAUUGAAUCUCCUCUAUGCAAAUCAAAUGAUUUAUAUUCAGCGAGCUUUAGUGAAUAUAAGAAUUGUACUACCAUCAAGCACAACGUUAUAGCUUGUGGUAAUAGCCGAUAUUACAAAAGGUUAUUGUGA